AUGUCCAAGGAGGAAGCUCCACAGGUCUUUAACUUAACACCAAGUGAAGUUAAGGCCAAGGCUCGCAAGUACUUUGCUGAGCUCAGAGAUUCUGGUAGAAAUCCAUGGCCAUACAAAUUCUUAACAUCACAAGGAUUCCACCAGGCAACCUGCAAGCAUUGCCACAAGAAGUUCUGGACAGCUGAUCCAAACCGUGAAGACUGUGGCGACUCAGAAUGUGCAGGAGGCUACUCCUUCUUGCAUCCAGAUGAGCCACCAAAGGAGAGAGUUACAUAUCUCCAGGCCUGGCUCGAUUUCAAGAAGUCUAUGGAGACAAACACACCAGUUCCUUACACAGCCAUCAAGCGUUACCCAGUCGUUUGCCGCUGGAGGUCUGAUGUCGACUUCGUUGCUGCUGGUAUCUACUGCUUCCAGCCAUUCUGCGUUACUGGCGAGUCAGAACCACCAGCUAACCCACUUUGCGCUUGCCAGUUCUGCCUUCGUUUCAAUGAUCUUGAUAACAUCGGUAUCACAGGUCGUCACUACUCUGGCUUCAACAUGCUCGGUAUCCAGGUCUUCAACCACGCCGACCGUGCCAGAAAGGAACCAAACCAAUUCGGUGAAACAGAAGAAAUCUUCUGGAAGGACACAUUGAUCGCCAACAACUACAGAUGGUGCACAGAGACACUCCACCUCGAUCCAAAGAAGCUCACAUUCAUCGAGGAUGUCUGGGCUGGUGGUGGCAACUGCGGUGCCUGCGUCGAAUACUUCUACGGUGGUCUCGAAAUCGGUAACAUGGUUUUCACAGAAUACACCGUUUCACCACAAGGUGAAUUCUCUCCAAUCUCUACAAAGGUCGUCGAUGUCGGCAUUGGUCUCGAACGUAUUCCAUGGCUUGUCAACGGUGGCUGGACAUCAUACCUCGAUGUCUUCGACUACAUCCUUCCAGUCCUCUCCCAGAAGCUCGAUGUCCCAAUCGAUACACCAGAAUUCAGAAAAUUCGCUCCAAAUACAGCUCUCUUCGAUGCCGAUGAGAACCAGCACAUCGAACAGACAUGGGCCAAGGUCGGUGAAGAGAUGGGACUCGACAAGGCCGGACUUGCCAAGUUCAGACAGCAUCUUCGCCAAUUCUCCGACCUCGUUCGUAUCUGCGACCACACAAGAACAGUUCUUUACGCUAUCGAAGAUGGUGCUCUUCCAUCCAACAACGGUGGUGCUGCUAACAUCCGUGAUAUCCUCCGUAUUGUCUUCGAUAUCAUCAAGAAGCACAACUGGCUCGGCAAGAUCGGCGGUGUCGAUGGCAUCAUCGAUGUCUUCAAGGCCCACAUGAAGGGUCUCGAAGGCUUCUUCGGCCCAUUCUCCAACACACGCUGCCUUGAAGACGUCAUCCGUCUUGAAUUCACUCGCUGGGAGAACUCACACGCCAACGCCAUCAAGCUCCUCAAGUCAUUCGUCAACAAGUGGCGUGGAAAGGAGAUCCCAGUCCAGGAGUGGAUCACACAGAUGACAUCCAACGGUGUUUCCGCUGAUGAAAUCAUCGAAGCCUUCCAAGUCGAUGAUCCAAACUCACAGUUACAGAAGCCAGAUGAUCUCUACAUCAAGCUUGAAGAGUACAAGUGCCGCACAGCUAAGGGUAUUGAACUCGAGAAGUACAACGUCGAAGGAAUCCCAGACACAGAGGAAAUCUACAACUACCCAGAGAACGAGUACAAGUACGAGGGAACAGCCAAGCUCAUCAAGUUACUCGCUCCUAACAAACUCGUUUUCGACCGCACAAUCCUCUACCCAACACAAGGUGGUCAGGAACACGAUGAUGGCAAGAUCAAGAUCGGUGACAAACUCUACGAAGUCCAGAACAUCGAGAAGGUCAGAAAGGUCGCCAUCUUCACAGUCGACGGCGAUGUUGACGAGAAGUACGUAAACACAGAAUGCACAAUGUACGUUGACCCAGAAGUCCGUGAAAUCAUGAGAACACAGCACUCAGCUACACACCUUGUUGCUGCUGCAGCCCGCAGAGUUCUUGGCCCACACGUUUGGCAGAACGGUGCAAAGAAGACAAAGGUUGAAUCACACAUCGACUUGACACACUACUCAUUACCAACAUUCGAGCAAGUCCUUGAGAUCCAGCGCGUUGCAAACGAGCUCAUCAUGACAAACGCCGCUGUCAAGAAGUGCGUCUACACAAGAAAGGAGGCAGAAGACAAGUGGGGAUUCGUUCUCUACCAGGGUGGUGCCAUUCCAGGUAACGACAUCCGUGUUGUCGAUAUCGGUGGCAUUGAUACAGAAGCAUGCUGCGGAACACACGUUUCACACCUUUCUGAGAUUGGCCAGAUCCGUAUUCUCGGUGUCAACUCUGUCCAGGAUGGUGUCUUCAGAUGCACAUUCGUUGCAGGCAAACUCGCUAUCAAGGCUGCCUGCGAGGACAUGAGAUUGAUCCACGAUGUCUGCACAGUCUACGGCUGCCAGCAGUCUGAUAUCAUGAUGAACUGCAACAAGUUCUUCGCCGCUAAGAACUCCCUCACAUCACAGAACAAGGCUUUGACUGACCAGGUCAUCUCUCUCCUCGUCAAGUGCUGCGCUUACCAGCCAGGUGACAAGCACGUAGUCAUCAGAAGCGAAGAGAACGGUACAUCAUUCAUCAAGGGUAUCGAUGAGGCCUGCAAGCAGUUCCCAGAGAUGGCAAACAAGUCUAUCUUAGUCCAGGGCCCAACAUACAUCGUUGGCAUGGUUCAGCAGGACAUCGCUGACAAGCUCGCUAAGGAGAUCAACGCUGCUUUCGAGCCACUCAACGCUCAGUCAAAGAAGGAGUACGAUGAACAGGUCAAGAAGAUGAAGGAGGAAGGCGUCGCUGCUGCUAACAUUCCUAAGUAUGCUCCAGCUUGCCAGCCAUUCAACGUCAUCGCUCCAAAGAAGUCACAGCAGAAGAAGAAGAACGCUAAGGCUGCUGAGGCCCCAGCUUCAACUGCUGUCUCUGUAAUGACAAUGAAGAUCGCUAAGGAGGUAUUCCCAGCUGUCAAGGAUAUUCUCUCUAAGUUCGGUUUCACACAGUAA